ACAAACCCAGCUUCUCCAUCUCAAAAAAAACUUGUCGAAAUCCCACGCUUCCACGCAGACGCAUAUAGACAUGCCCGCCCGCCCGGCGCGCGCCACCCCCACCAUUCCUGUCGCCGCCGUCGACGAAUCCUAGGCGGGAAACCCAGUAGGCAGAAGAAGCAGCAGAAGCACUCUACAACUGCGUGCCACCAGAAAGGCAGCGAGACACGUACGCACACCAACCAGGCAACCCGCCUGAUUUGCCUCCUCCACCGGAACGCGGCCGAAAAGUCAGAGAGAAAUCGGCCCACGGCCGAGGACCAAAAAGGCGAGGGAGUUAAGGACGGUCUGGUAAGCCGUGGCCGUCAGGCCGGCCGCGAGGCCGUCAAUGGCCCAGUAUAUAUACGCCACCGCCACCCGCCACUGCUGCUCCCCGCGCGUCCACCCCGCGAUCCCGCUCCAGGUUCCCGCUCCUCUAGCCCCGCCGUCGUCUCGGCCGCUUCGGGUAUCGCCGCUCCGGCGGAGGUGGGCCAUGGGCGCCAGCGAUCGCCUGAAGGUGGCCGACGCCAGGCCGCGGCAUGCGGGGCCAUGCGCGGCUACCAUGCUGGGCGAGCCGCUGCCGGCGUCCGACGACCACGGCCUCGUCCACCCCAGCGCCGACUUCUCCGCCCAGGCCCUCGUCUCCUCUCCGCAGCAGUACCAGGAGAUGUACCAGCGGUCUAUCGAUGAUCCUGCAGGAUUCUGGUCGGAGAUCGCAGAGACGUUCUACUGGAAGCAGAAGUGGAGCCCUGAUGAAGUCUGUACCGAGAACCUUGAUGUGACAAAGGGACCGAUCAAGAUCGAAUGGUUUAAAGGGGGCAAAACAAACAUAUGCUACAAUGCCGUGGACCGCCAUGUGGAAGCUGGAGAUGGUGAGAAGAUUGCGAUGUAUUGGGAGGGGAAUGAACCUGAUCAGGAUGGAAAGCUCACAUACUCAGCACUCUUGGAUAAGGUUUGCCAGCUAGCAAACUACUUGAAAAGUGUUGGAGUUGGAAAAGGUGAUGCCGUGGUUAUCUACUUGCCUAUGUUGAUGGAGCUGCCUAUUGCAAUGCUUGCCUGUGCACGCAUUGGUGCUGUUCACUCUGUUGUGUUUGCUGGCUUCUCUGCUGAUGCACUUGCGCAAAGAAUCACUGACUGCAAGCCUAAGGUUGUGAUUACAUGCAAUGCGGUGAAAAGGGGGCCGAAACUCAUCCCUCUCAAAGAUAUAGUAGAUGCAUCUCUGGUUCAAAGUGCAAAGAAUGGCGUCUCUGUAGGCAUUUGUUUGACAUAUGAAAAUCAGUUAGCCAUGAAGAAAGAGAACACACGAUGGAUAACAGGAACAGAUGUGUGGUGGCAGGAUGUUGUGCCCAAUUUCCCAACUAGAUGUGAUAUGGAAUGGGUUGAUGCAGAGGAUCCAUUGUUUCUUCUAUACACAAGUGGCAGCACAGGAAAGCCAAAGGGUGUAUUGCAUACAACUGGGGGCUAUAUGGUGUACACUGCAUCAACAUUUAAGCAUGCAUUUGAUUACAAGCCAACAGACAUAUACUGGUGCACUGCAGACUGUGGCUGGAUUACUGGACAUAGUUAUGUGACCUAUGGUCCUCUCCUGAAUGGAGCCAUAGUUCUUCUUUACGAAGGGGCUCCAAACUACCCUAAUCCUGGUCGGUGCUGGGACAUCGUUGACAAAUACGGGGUGACAAUAUUCUAUACCGCUCCAACACUUGUCCGUUCACUCAUGCGUGAUGGUAGUGAGUAUGUUGACCAGUACUCUCGUAAAUCUCUAAGAGUUCUCGGAAGUGUGGGUGAGCCAAUAAAUCCCACUGCAUGGAGGUGGUUCUAUAAUGUUGUCGGGAACUCAAGAUGCCCCAUAUCAGACACUUGGUGGCAGACUGAAACUGGUGGUUUUAUGAUUACUCCUUUACCUGGUGCUUGGCCUCAGAAACCAGGAUCUGCGACAUUUCCUUUUUUUGGUGUACAGCCAGUCAUUGUUGAUGAGAAAGGGCGGGAAAUGGAAGGAGAAUGCAGUGGAUAUCUUUGCAUAAAGAAGUCAUGGCCUGGGGCUUUCCGGACUCUGUUUGGCGAUAAGGACAGAUAUGAGACAACAUACUUCAAACCAUUUUCUGGGUAUUAUUUCUCUGGUGAUGGUUGUAGGAGGGACAAAGAUGGUUACCAUUGGCUGACCGGAAGAGUUGAUGAUGUUAUCAAUGUCAGUGGACACCGGAUUGGUACAGCAGAGGUCGAGUCAGCUCUGGUUUCACACCCAAAAUGUGCUGAGGCCGCUGUUGUUGGAAUUGACCAUGAGGUCAAAGGUCAGGGAAUCUACGCAUUUGUGACUUUGGUUGAUGGUAUUCCUUACAGUGAUGAUCUGCGCAAAAGCCUCGUUAUGACGGUCCGCAGCCAGAUUGGCGCGUUUGCAGCACCUGACAAGAUCCAUUGGGCACCAGGACUCCCAAAGACACGGAGCGGCAAGAUCAUGCGAAGAAUAUUGCGGAAAAUUGCCUCCAGGCAGCUAGAUGAGCUCGGUGACACCAGCACGCUUGCUGAUCCCGGUGUUGUUGACCAGCUGAUCACGCUUAGCGAUACCUAGUGUGUAACGACAGAGAUGGCACAUUGUCACCUGCACUUUCAUUACCUUUUUUUUUCUUGCCUAGUCUGUGAUGAGUACAGAGAAUCAGUUUAUAUGCGGUGCAUCGCUCACGGUUCCCAUGAUCUAUUUAGUGCAUAGGGGAGUUGCAACAUGCAAGUUAAAGUGAGAUGUGAUAAUAUUAGUGGUUGAUACAGUGUCGAACUGCCUAUGUAAAUUGUUGGAUCAUAGCAAAGAGAGAGUAUAGAUGUAUGUAUCCUGCAAAAAAGAGAGUAUAGAUGUAUGUAUUCGUUACAUAAAUAGGGGAACAUGCCAAUGCGUCUACAAUGGGUAUUGAGCUGAUAUCUUUUUUUACAUGCA